UUUGUUUUAAUGACUCAAGUUAUAAAUACUGCUGCUUGUACCAUCAGCAAAGUCACGUACGAUAUUCCCAAAGAUGUCGAAAGCGAAGGUUGGUAUCAACGGUUUUGGUCGUAUCGGGAGACUUGUGCUGCGCGCAGCUUUCCUCAAGAACACCGUGGAUAUAGUUUCAGUGAAUGACCCCUUCAUAAAUUUAGAGUACAUGGUUUACAUGAUUAAACGUGAUUCCACUCAUGGCAAUUUUCAAGGCGAGGUGUCGGCCGAAAACGGAAAAUUAAAAGUCAAUGGAAAGUUAAUAUCUGUUCAUUCCGAAAGGGAUCCAAGAAAUAUCCCGUGGGAUAAGGACGGAGCUGAAUAUGUCGUAGAGUCCACUGGGGUCUUUACGACCAUUGAUGCAGCUAAAGCUCAUACUGAAAAUAAUCGAGCUAAAAAGGUUAUAAUAUCUGCACCUUCUGCAGACGCACCUAUGUUCGUUGUUGGUGUGAAUGAAAAUUCGUACGAUAAGUCAAUGUCUGUGGUUUCUAAUGCAUCAUGUACAACCAAUUGUUUAGCACCCCUGGCUAAGGUCAUUCAUGAUAACUUCGAAAUAGUUGAGGGCUUAAUGACCACUGUGCACUCAUUUACGGCUACGCAAAAGGUUGUAGACGGACCAUCUUCAAAAUUAUGGAGAGAUGGUCGUGGAGCAAUGCAAAAUAUCAUUCCAGCUUCUACUGGUGCUGCCAAAGCUGUGGGAAAAGUCAUUCCGGCAUUAAAUGGAAAAUUGACGGGAAUGGCUUUCCGCGUACCAACACCGGACGUUUCAGUCGUUGAUCUCACAUGUAGAUUAGGGAAGAAAGCUACCUAUGAUCAAAUUAAGGCUGUGGUCAAAGCAGCUGCAUCUGGGCCAAUGAAGGGGAUUUUGGAAUACACUGAUGAUGAGGUCGUCAGUUCGGACUUUGUUGGAAGUUGCAGUUCAUCCAUAUUUGAUGCGAAGGCUGGGAUAUCUCUUAACGACAACUUUGUGAAAUUGAUUUCAUGGUACGAUAAUGAGUUUGGAUACAGUUGCCGCGUAGUUGAUCUCAUCACGCACAUGCAUAAAGUCGACUAUGCAUAGUGAAAUAGUUUCAACUGUAGCCGAAUAACUUUUUGUCAAUCGAUAGAUAACGAAUAAAGCGUUCAUCUGCUUAUUUACUUUUCAGUUCUCUCUAUCAUAUAUCAAUCAAAUAUU